AUGAGCUCCUCUGAAUCUUCUUCCGCGGAGUCUCGUCUAGCCACGGCUAAGACGGUUCUCACAACAGCAGCCUCGGUGGCCGCAUUCGCAAUGCUAGCUAAAUCACUAGUCCAAGACUAUUUGCCUGACGAGGUGCACCAAUACAUCGCCUAUGGCUUCCGCACUUUCUUUAGUUACCUCUCAUCCCAGAUGACAAUAAUCAUUGAAGAGUUUGAAGGGUUUGUCCACAACGAAGUCUUUGAGUCCGCAGAGGCCUAUCUAGCCACCAAAAUCUCUCCCUCUCACAAAAGAAUCAAAGUUAGUAAACACGAAAAAGAAAACAACUACAACGUUACCGUAGAGCGUGAUGAGGAAGUUAUAGAUACCUUCAACGGCGUCAAGUUCCGGUGGAUCCUCCAUUGCCACCAGGUUGAGUCCAAGAAUUUCCAUAAUCCGCGGGAUCUAAACUAUACACUCAAAUCCAAAGUACGAUCAUUCGAGCUCAGCGUCCACAAGAAAUUUAAGAACUCUUGA